AUGGUCAGCGGAAGACGUGAUAUUAAAGCAAAUAUAAUUUUCAUGAAAGAAAUCCAGCAAGUUUUCGAAUAUCCGCACAUUUCAAGCAGUGAAAUCAACAAUGCAAAUAGCAUUGGUGGUACAGGAUAUUUUGUUACUUCUAUGAAUGAGUUACAACUUCAUGUGGAGGUUUUUGUGAGUUUUCGUGCAGUUGUGGUUUCGGGUACAGAUUCAUUCCAUUUACUUCAAGCAAAAUUUUUGAAUAGCCCGAUUUUUUUUUCAGUUUACAAAUAA